AUGAAAAAAGUCCUGUGCAGCAAGGAUCUGACAUUGCAUCUCAAACUGCGAUUGGCAAAAUGCUAUGUACACAGUGUGCUCUAUUAUGGGGUGGAAGCAUGGACGCUAAAUGCAGAUGCAAUGAGGCGUCUUAACUCUUUCGAGAUGUGGACCUACCGAAGAAUUCUGAGAGUUUCGUGGAAGGAUCGUAUCACCAACAUCGAGGUGCUAAGAAGAAUCGGUAGAGAAAAAGAAGUUGAACGUACCAUCAAGGAGAGAAAGUUACAAUAUUUGGGACACAUAAUGCGAGGCGAGAAGUGGAAUGAAGGAUUAUCAGACCAGGAUAACCUCAUUCGUCUUGAUAGAGCACUCAAGGGAAAAGCUAGGGAAACUGUUAAAGCUCUUCUAAUAUCUCCAAGCAAUGUUUCAAGGAUAAUCAAUAUGCUCGAGAUGAAUUUUGGUAGACCUGAAUGGAUUGUUCUAUCUCUCAUGGAAAAAGUGAAGAAAAUCAGCCCUGUAAAAGAAGACAGUUUGGAAUCCUGUAUUUUUUUCUCAAACGCAGUUACUAAUAUGGUGGUCACGAUGAGAAAUGUUAAUUCUUCACUAUAUUUGAUCAAUCCGGAAAUGUUAGUGAAUAUUGUUGAAAAACUUCCCACCAUACAAAAGUACAACUGGGGAAAAUAUAAAUAUCAGAAAGAUUUACAGGGAAUACCAACAUCCCUUGAAGAUUUUGCAAAUUGGUACGAAGAAGAGGUAAAUUCUAUGGCUUCUACAAGUAAUCCAUUCCAGAGAAGUAAACACAUGUCAAGGAAAGAAACAGUUAGUUUUUCAAAAAAGUCCGAGCCGAGAAAGGCAGAAAAUUCCAAAGUUUGUGUAUUUUGCCAGAGAACGAAUCAUAAAAUAGAGGAAUGUGGUGAAUUCAUAGAGAAGACUAUACCAGAAAGAAGACAAUCAGUUAUGAAUUUGAGAUUAUGUUUUCUAUGUCUCCAAUUGGGUCACAUGGCUAAUAAAUGUUUCCUCAGAACGAGAUGUGGUAUAAUGGGUUGUAAAGGAAAGCAUAGCAGUCUUCUUCAUCUGGCAAGAGAUCCAAACAGCUCAUAUCCAACUUUACAAUAUAAAACAGCAGCUUCGAGUGAAUUUUGUGCGAAAUUGAACGAUGUGGAUCAAAAAACUCUGCUGAGAAUAGCACCAGUUAUACUUCGUGGGCCUUAUAAUGAAAUCAAGACAUUUGCCUUAUUCGAUGAAGGCUCCACAUGCUCGAUGAUGGAUGAAAAUUUAGCUAUGAAAUUGAACCUCUCUGGACCCAUCGUUCCACUCCGUUUUCAAUGGACAAAUAACAUUACCCAUUUCGAGGAUGAAUCGAAAAUGGUUGAUGUUGAUAUUUCUGCCGACAGCAAUAAACAAAUCUUCUAUAAUCUGAAAAAUUUGAGGACUGUUAAAAACUUGAGUAUACCAAACCAGAAAAUCAAUGUAGAUCUUUUGUCUCAGAAUUUCCCACAUUUGAACCGGAAAAUUCUAGAGGCCGUGGAGAAUGCAACUCCAGAAAUUCUCAUUGGCCAAGACAAUUGCGGACUAAUUAUACCACGUCAGGUCAUACAACCAAAAAUGAAUCAACCUAUAAUGUCCAAAUCCAAAUUAGGUUGGACUAUUCAUGGAGCACUCACUGAUUCAACUGAUGGAAAUGAAAUGAAUCAUGCAACUCUUUGUUGCCGACAUAUUGAAGAUGAUGAACUCCAUCGUAUGGUGAAAGAUAGUUUCAAGUUAGAAGCUUUCGGAGUGAAUGAAAAAAUCAUCAGCUCAGUAGAAGAUCGCAAAGCACUUGAAAUCAUGAAUAGCACAGCUAAAAGAAUUGGUAACCGUUGGGAAAUUGGACACCUUUGGAGAAAUAUGGAUGUCGCAUUUCCUGACAGCAAAGUAAACGCACUCAACCGUCUUUCCUGCAUGGAGAGGAAAAUGAAGAAAGAUUGUGAAUUCGCAAAGCAGUACCGUGAGAAGAUCCAGGAUUACGUCAACAAGGGUUAUGCAAGAAAAUUAGAGUUAGAGGAGAUUACAGAAAAUCCGAGAAACUGGUUUUUACCACAUUUUGCAGUGUGGAACGUCCAUAAGCCCGGUAAAAUUAGACUUGUCUUUGACGCUGCUGCAAGAUCAUUUGGAUAUAGCCUCAAUGACUUUUUACUACAAGGUCCAGACUUUGUUCCUUCCUUGGUUUCCGUUUUAUGGCGCUUUAGGCAGGGAAAAAUUGCAUUUAGUGGGGACAUCAGGGAAAUGUUUCACCAAGUGUUAAUAAAAAAGGAAGAUCGAUGUGCUCAACGAUUUCUUUGGCAUGAUGAAAAUAACCUUGGUGGAAUUCCGGAUGUUUAUGAAAUGAAUGUUAUGAUCUUCGGUGCCGUGUCUUCUCCAUCCGUAGCCCAAUUCAUCAAGAACAGGAAUGCUGAAUGUUUCGAAGAUAAAUUCCCUGGAAUAAGCAGAGCAAUGAAGAGACAACAUUAUGUUGACGAUUAUUUGGAUUCAUGUAGCACAUACGAGGAAGCUAUUCAAAGAGUACGAGAUGUAAUUUAUGUUCAUAAUCAAGCUGGUUUUGAAAUGGUGAAAUGGAUUAGUAACUCCAAGAGGGUUCUAGAAUCAAUUCCAAAAUGUCUUCGUGCUGAAUCAGAAAAAAACAUUAAAAUUGAUUCACAAGAAAUCAAAAGAGUUCUUGGAUUGUCUUGGUCUCCAGAAACUGACCAAUUCAUAUAUUCGCUGAACUUUCACAAAAUUCCUAUUGAAAAAACAUCAGGAUCAAUAGCACCAACGAAACGGAAGGUCUUGCGGAUCAUCAUGUCAAUAUUUGAUCCUUUCGGGUUUUUGGCAACUUUGAUCAUAAAGGCGAAUGUGUUUUGUGAUGCGCGUGAUAAGGCUUAUUCCUAUGUUGCUUACUUCAGAACAGAAGAAAAGGAGGAUAAUACUGAAACACAUGUCUGCUUUGUUACUGCUGAGUAUAAAGUUGCGCCAUUGACUCAGCAAAUCAUACCCAAAUUAGAGUUACAAGGAGCAGUGUUGGCAUGCAGACUAUCCAAGAAAAUAUGGGAAGAAGUUGAACAUAAAAUUCGCGAAACACAUUAUUGGACUGAUUCAUUGGUGGUACUUAAACAAAUAAGAUCCCAGUCGAGAAGGUUUCCUAUGUUCGUGUCAUGUCGAAUAGGAGAAAUCCAUGAAAAUGCAGAUGUUUUCCAGUGGCACUGGGAUCCUUCUGAAGAAAAUGUAGCAGAUCAGGCUACCAAAGAAUUGAAAAAUAUCGAUCUUAAACAAGAUGGAGAUUGGUUUAGCGGACCAUCGUUUUUGGGAAAACCAAGGAAAUUAUGGUAUUGUGAGGGUGGCAAAAAUUCAAACGAAGAAAGGCAUUUAUAA